AUGUCGCAUCUCCAGUAUUUCAGUUAUGAAGGAUUCGGCGACCGAGUGAGAAAAGAUACGCAUUACAGUCAAGCUGUCCGAAUAGGGGAUGUGGUCAAGAUAUCAGGUCAGGGAGGAUGGGAUCGAAUAACGGAGAAAAUCCCAACGGAUAUCGAGAAGCAAGUCGCUCAGGCGUUCGACAAUGUCGAGCAUACUUUGCAGAAGGCUGGAAGCAAGGGAUGGGAACAAGUGUAUCAAGUCCGGAUCUACUGCGCACCUGACAGGUCAAAGGCGAUGGGACCUAUUAUUUCGAACCUGAAGAAAUAUUGUCCAAACCACCAACCAUUACUGACAGGUGUGGAGGUUGCUAGUUUGUACAACGGAAUGGCUAUCGAGAUCGAAGUGGAAGCUCAUCUGGGGUGA